CGCUCGGCGUCCGCCUGCCUGCACCCCUCCAAGGUUGUCUCUUCUUUUGUGUCAUCCUUUGAUCCCCCUCCCUCCUUACCACCAUGCUCGCUUCUUUCAACAGCAUCGCUGAGCUCGAGGCCCUCCUCGCCAAGCCCAACCUCACUGUCGUCGACUUCACCGCCACCUGGUGCGGUCCCUGCCGCAUGAUCGGCCCCAUCUUCGAGCGCUUCUCCGGCCAGUACACCGAUGUCACCUUCGUCAAGCUCGACAUCGACGAUCCCGCCUACACCUCCUUCGUCCAGAAGCACAACGUCACCUCCCUGCCGACCUUCAUCUUCUUCAAGAACGGCCAGGCUGUGGCUCGCUUCAGCGGUGCCGACGCCGGCACCCUCAAGCGCCACAUUGAGGCCAACAUGUAAUUUGGCUCGCUCUCUUCUUCGCGCCGGGGGGUCCGGGCGGUGCAAAUGCGCGCACGCGUGUGUGGCCCGAGUGACGGAGAGGUGGUCUUCUCCUCUCUACAAUCCCGCCUCCAGCGCGCCCUUUCUUGCCCCCUCUGUAAUACAAAAUGCCCUGAUAA